AUGUCAGUCUCUACUGGCAACUACGUUGAGCCUUCCUCUCAGCUGAAUCAGGCGGACCAGUCAAGAUCCUUGAAAAACUUAUCAGCUCCCUUGCCGAGUGCUUAUGAACAGAUGGAUCGAGAGGGGGCUUUUGAAACUCUGGUCAAUGUCGCCUGUUCAGACUCUCAGAUGUCGGGCUCACAAGAUCAGCCUCGCGGAACACCCUCAGGAAACCAGAGUCCUCAGGACAGAUUCAACCACCCUAAUGACUAUGCGCCAACACAGCUCUCCGAUUUGAACCCACAACAGAUGCCUCCAGACGGUUCACAGGACGAAAGAGACUCCUCUUUCUAUUGCGAUAGUUAUAAGGAAAACACAGCACCUGAGACACCAUACCAGAUUGAGGUGUUCGUCGAUGGGUAUCAAAUGAGCUUCAAAGGCUCCAUCGAUUGCACUGGCAGACCUGUCGAUUCGACGCUCACUCUGUCGACGCGUACCAAAUUGUUAAGCGUCAAACUAUGCAUCACUGCCGACCCUUUCAGGAGUUAUUCCAAGCCACGGAGCGCCAGGCAUCACGGUAGACCGAAGUGGCCUUUACAUCCUCGCGAGCCGAACGCAAUGCCCUUAUAA